CGUAUCCUCCGUAAACUCUUCUUCCUCCCCCUUAUCCAGCUGUGACACCAAACCAGAGCUCGGCUCACUCCAAAAAUGCCGCUGCUGCAACUCCCACUCUCCCAGUUCAAUUCCCUCAACCUCUCCACCCCUUUCCUCCAUGGGUCCUCCCCCGCCGCCCUCCUCCUCCUCCGCAAGCCCUCCCCCUCCGCCUCCACCUCUCCCUCUCCUCCUAGCCCUACUUUCCUGCCGCCCAUUCGGGCCAUGAAGUCGAUACAGGGCCGCGUCGUCUGCGCCACCAAUGACAAGACCGUCAACGUUGAGGUCAUCCGCCUGGCGCCCCACCCCAAGUACAAGCGCCGCGUCCGCAAGAAGAAGAAGUUCCAGGCCCACGACCCCGACAACCGAUUCAAGGUCGGCGACUACGUCCAGCUCGAGAAGUGCCGCCCCAUUAGCAAGACCAAGACCUUUCUCGCCGUACCUGUCGCCGCCCGCAACGUGCGCAAGGACAAGGAGGUCGUCUCGCCGGAGAUCGGGCUUCCACUGGAGUCUCAGCAGCCGUAGAUUCUGCCCUGUACGUACGUGCGUAUUGUUGAGUUUCUUUCGAUUUUAGUCGUGAUUGUAUGCCUGAAUUUCUGUCUUUCUCGAACGAAUCACAGUGUUCUGUUUUCAAUCAUUCGUGGAAUGUUUGCAAGUGGUUAUUAUGCUCUGAAGAGAGUGGCCAAGAAAUUAGGGAUUAGACAACGGAACCGUAUAGAAUUGUGUUGAUCUGCAGACCACGUGUUUGUGAAUUUGCCACUAAGAAGAA